AUGGCGGGUCCGCGGUGCGUGAACCGGUUUCCGGAGAAGCCGCUGUGCAAGUUCGUCGACGACCUCGCCGCGUCGCCGCUCACCUUCCUCGACGCGUCGGCCGGCGAGACCAUCAAACUCGGCGCCUACGACGUCUUCCAGGCGAGUGCCAUUGCUGUCUCAUGGCUCAGCCGCGUUGUGGUGCCUCCAAGAAGUUCCACCGUGACCUGCCCAACACCAAGGUGUAUGCGUACGGCGCCUCCCGCAGCUCACACGGUCCCCUCCUCUUUCGAUUCUUCCCUCUCCCCAACCCAUCCCGCCCCCCCCCCACAUGCCCAAUGCGAGCAGAAGUUCCAUCGCGACCUGCCCGACACCAAGGUGUAUGCGUAUGGCGUCUCCCGCAGCUCGGCGCGCUACCCAGGCCCCGUGCUCGUCGCCACACGCGGCACCACCACCAAGGUGAGCGCGGCAGCACCACCAAGGCGAGCGCGGCAGCACGAGCGCCAGCAAGGUGAGCACCAGCAAGGUAAGCACCAGCAAGGUGAGCACGGCAGCAGCGGCACCACCACCAAGGUGAGCCGCGCUGCCUCUGCGCUGUGCGCUGCGCGCGGCGACUCCAAUUUCAAUCCCCCUCUUGCUGGACCCCUGCUGCCCUUCUACCUGAUUGGCUCUGACGGUGGCUAUCUCGCCCGCCCUCUGCGCCGCUCCUCCCUGCUCGUCUUCCCGGCCACGCGUCACGACCUUCUUCUCGACUUCAACGCUGCACCCGCCUGGUGCCGUGACGUCAUCCUUGUCAACAGCGCCAACAUUCCCUUCCCCAGGGGACAGCCUGCUGACUGGUUCACGGGCGUGGUCAUGCGAUUCAUUAUCAACCAGGAGCCGCCUGUGAAGCCCCCUCCCCUGCCCGAGACGCUAUCGGUGAGUGUGACUCUUGUUUCUGUCUCCCCUGCCAGGCAGUUUCCCCCCUUCCCCACGGGCCACCCUGCUGACUGGUUCACGGGCGUGCACAUCCCCCCGGUGGACCUCUCCCAGGCAGUGAGGCAGCGUUUUCUCGCCGUAGUGUUUGUGAUCGACAAGGAGUUGCAUGAACCGAGCGCCAUGCUGCUGGACGGCAAGACCUACAUGGAUCCUGCCACCGAGAAACCCAAAGUGGGCACUUCGGAGCUUUGGCACAUCGUCAACCCGAGCUUCGAGGCACACCCCAUCCACCUGCACCUCAUUCAGCACCGCCCCAUCUCCCGACGGCCGUUCAACUCCACCGCGUAUCUCAACGGCUCCUGUUCUCUCCCACCCUCCGCCUCCGCCUCCUCCAAGCCCAGCUGCUUCACGGGGCCGGCCCGGGCCGUGCCGCAGCAUGAGAGGGGGUGGAAGGACACCACUGUUGCAUGGCCGGAUAGCGUUCUCACCAUCUUUGUGCCGUUCAAGGGGCAGGUGAGAUGCGGUGCAGUGUGGUGGGGAGGGAGGUGGUAG